CACAAGAUAACCAAACCAUCUACGAUGGCUUCCGCAGCUACAGCCUUCACCACUCUUCUCUUGAUUUCCUCUCUCUUAGCUUCUCCCUUCUUUUGGGUCUCAAAAGCAGAUCAGACCGCUUUCCCCAUAGUUAAGGGCCUCUCAUGGACCUUCUACAAAUCCAGCUGCCCCAAAGUCGAAUCCAUAAUCAGAAAGCACCUCAAGAAGGUGUUCAACGAGGACAUCGGCCAGGCUGCCGGCUUGCUCCGUCUCCACUUCCAUGACUGCUUUGUUAAGGGAUGUGAUGCUUCGGUGCUGCUGGAUGGUUCAGCGAGUGGGCCAAGCGAGCAGCAGGCAACGCCGAACUUGACCUUGAGGAAAAAGGCGUUCGAGAUCAUCAAUGACCUGCGGGAGCGCAUCCACAAGGAGUGCGGAAGAGUUGUCUCCUGCGCCGAUAUCGUGGCACUUGCUGCUCGCGACUCUGUUUUCUUGGUAGAUUAAAAGAUAAAAAGUUAUUUUUAAUUGUGUAAUUUAAUAUUUUAUUUAAAAGAAAGGGGAUGAGAGUGCGCACCCAAAUUUGGAGGAUAUCAUAGUCUAUGUUGAAAAUCUUGCACAAGCUACAAAUUUUUUUCCUGUUUUUCAUCGCAUUCACACUAAUUUUUUUUAUUAGCAUUAAAAGUUUUGUUUUGAA